UCAGCAAAGUUGUCGCUACCGUGGUCGCGAUGGGGAAGUCAGAUUUUCUUACCCCAAAGGCCAUCGCCAACAGGAUCAAGUCCAAGGGGCUUCAGAAGCUGCGCUGGUAUUGCCAGAUGUGCCAGAAGCAGUGUCGGGACGAGACGUGAUGCUCCUCGAUUUGUCAUAAAACGGGGACGUUGAAUAGUGCAGGACUGGAUGCCUGGGGGAUAACAGUGACAGUCAUCUCUGACCUGACGCGACUCAAGAGAAACAGGGUGGAUAGGAUUCACACCUCUUUUCGGGAUCAGAUGAAAAAGGACAACUAAGCACCGACACACUACUCAUCUAACAAGCGUCUGUGGAGCCCCUACAGUGUGCCCGGCCCAGGAUAGGACUGUGGAUAGCCUCGUGGACGGGAGUCAGACUGUCAGAAUCCUGAAUCCCAGCCGCGCCACUUCGUAACUGUGUAGUCUUGGGCAAGUUGCUUGCAUUUCCUUCUGCCUGUUUGCUUACCUUGUAAAGUGAGAAUAACAGUUGUACUUACUGAAUGGCUUCAAAUGUCACUGUAUGUCUGAAUCUCAUCAGAGACAACUCUUGCUGGCUUCUGAAAAUCCUCAGCAGUUUAUGGAUUAUUUUUCAGAGGAAUUCCGAAAUGACUUCCUAGAACUUCUCAGGAGACGCUUUGGCACUAAGAGAGUUCACAACAACAUCGUUUAUAAUGAGUAUAUCAGCCACCGAGAGCACAUCCAUAUGAACGCCACUCAGUGGGAGACCCUGACUGAUUUUACUAAGUGGCUGGGCAGAAAAGGUUUGUGCAAGGUGGAUGAGACCCCGAAAGGCUGGUAUAUUCAGUACAUAGACAGGGACCCAGAAACUAUCCGCCGGCAGCUGGAACUAGAGAAAAAGAAGAAGCAGGACCUUGAUGAUGAGGAAAAAACAGCCAAAUUUAUUGAAGAACAAGUGAGAAGAGGCCUGGAAGGGAAAGAACAGGAGGCUCCUAUUUUUACAGAAUUAAGCAGAGAAAAUGAUGAAGAAAAAGUUACAUUUAAUUUGAAUAAAGGAGCAUGUAGUUCAGCAGCAGCGUCAUCCAAAUCAAGUUCCUUGGGACCAAGCGCAUUGAAUACCAUCGGGAAUGCAGCAUCAGUUAAAAGAAAAGAAUCCUCCCGGAGCUCAGCUCAAUCAAAAGAAAAGAAAAAAAAGAAAUCUGCACUUGACGAAAUCAUGGAGAUCGAAGAGGAAAAGAAAAGAACUGCCCGAACAGACCACUGGCUACAGCCUGAAAUCAUCGUGAAAAUUAUAACCAAAAAACUCGGAGAGAAAUAUCAUAAGAAAAAGGGUGUUGUGAAGGAAGUAAUUGACAAAUAUACAGCUGUUGUAAAGAUGAUUGACUCUGGAGACAAGCUGAAACUUGACCAGACUCAUUUAGAAACAGUAAUUCCAGCACCAGGAAAAAGAAUUCUCGUUUUAAACGGAGGCUACAGAGGGAAUGAAGGCACCUUAGAAUCCAUCAACGAGAAGACCUUCUCAGCUACUAUAGUCAUUGAAACUGGCCCUUUAAAAGGACGCAGAGUUGAAGGAAUUCAAUAUGAAGACAUUUCGAAACUUGCCUGAGUUUGAAAAUUUGUUAACACAUGAAAACCCUAAAGCAUCAAAUUGGUGUUCACCAAGGCAUUAUGAGACUCUACUGUGUUAGGGUGUUUCUUUUGUAUAGAGCAAAUGGAUUUAUUUAAAUAUUACUGUAUAGUUGUUCAGCUAAGCUUAUAGAAAAAUCUAAUUAUGUCUCAUGAAGUAUCAAAACAAUGUGAUUUUGUUCUUGUUUUUGUUUGCUUUGUAAUAUUUCCUUAAUGACGUUUUAUCUUCAUUAAAAGAAUGUUAUUGUAAA